AUGAACCCGAGACCCAGCAUUGCUCCUCUCCCAGGACGCUUGCGCAUGUAUGUCCCGCCCGUCAACUUUGGCGCCGUCGAGACGAAUUCCAUCUACAGAAGUGGUUACCCAACCAGCAAGAACUUCGACUUCAUCAACAGCCUCAACAUUAGAACCAUCCUCACCCUGGUUCCUGAGCCUCUGUCAGAAGAGUACAUCACCUUCAUGGAGGAAAAUCACAUUCGCCACUACCAGAUCCACAUUCCCGCCAACAAGGACGGCAAGAUCAACAUUACUCCCGAAACCAUGGCCACCGCUCUUGCUGUCGUCUUGAACCGCAACAACCACCCUCUUCUCAUCCACUGCAACCGUGGCAAGCAUCGUACCGGCUGUGUGACGGCCUGCUUCCGCAAGACACAAUACGUUCAAAACGAGCCAGCUAUCGCCGAAUAUCGCGACUAUUCCUACCCCAAGUGCCGCGACGACGACAUGCGUUUCAUCAACACUUUCGAUCCAAGCAUCGUGCUUCCCAUUGCACAAUCACAAGGCUGGCUGCCUACUCCUCCACCAGAGCCCAAUGAUGGUUUCUGGCAUUUGAAGCCGCAAACUAAGAUCCCUUCCUACGAGGACGUCGCUGCCAUCAAAUCAAACGAUGAGCCCCGCCUCGACUCAGGUCCUCGCAUUUCGGUUAGGUGA